GACAUCUGGUCCUAUGGUAUCGUCCUCUGGGAGGCAUACAAGCUCGGCAAAGCACCCUUCUUUGGCAUAUCUAAAAAAGAACUGCUUGACGUGUUGCAGAAGGCCUUCAAUGAGCCCAGGUGUCCGCUUCAGUUCCCUGACGAUACUCCUGAAGUCAUCAAGGAGAUAGCCGAAAAGUGCCUAAAACAGGAUCCCGUCAAUCGUCCCAGUUGCGAUGAUAUUAUCGAAGAAUUGUCAAAGCUGCCUUCAAGAAAUGUCCGUCAAUUGAACGAUGACGUCACCGUCAUCAAUUCGUCCUCCUUUGUCUUCAAGGUAUCCAGAAAUUAA